CCCCCAGCCCCCCCCCUCCAGCCCCUCUUCGCCUUUCGCCCGCGGCCGCGCUCGGAAUUUUGCCCCGGUCCCUGCGCGGGAGGCGGGGGCGGGCGGUGGCUGAGGGAGCGUCGCGAAAGAACCGCUACGGAACGGAGACGAAAAACACCCCCGGAGCGUCCCGCCGAGGUGCCCGGAGGCAGCGGGGGGGCCGGGGGGGUCCCCGCCAUGGCCGAGCGCCGCCGCCGCCCCGUGAAGAAGGACGAGGAGGCCUUUGAGAUCUCCAUCCCCUUCGAGGAGCCCCCCCACGUCGAGCCCCCCAUUUUCUACAGCCUCAGCCCCCCCCAGAGCAGCUUUGAAGAGCCCCCCGGGGCGCGGGCGCAGCUGCACCUGGCCCUGGAGCGCAACGCCUGGCUGCAGAAACGCAUCGAGGACCUGGAGGAGGAGCGGGAUUUCCUGCGCUGCCAGCUCGACAAGUUCAUCUCGGGCGCCCGCGGGGGGGACGAGGAGCACGGCCGCGGGAAGUCGGCGCCGCGUCGGGGGGACGCGGGGGACCCCCACAACGGGGAGGUGACGGACAACGACAGUGCGGCGUCGUCCCUUGGCCCCUCCGAGGACGGCGGCGCCGGUGACCGCCGCAGGCACAAACCCAAAACCGGCGUCGCCCGGCGCCGCGUCGGCAAAGCCCGGACCCGCGAGCGACAGCGGGUGAAAGACGCCGACGGCGUCCUCUCCCGCUACAAGAAGAUCCUGACCACCUUCCAGAAGCUGAAGAGCAUGAGCCGCGCCUUCGAGCAUCACCGCGUCGACCGCAACACCGUGGCGCUCACCACCCCCAUCGCCGAGCUGCUCCUGGUGGCCCCCGAAAAGCUGGCGGAGGUGGGGGAGUUCGACCCCUCCAAGGAACGGCUCCUGGAAUAUUCUCGUCGCUGCUUCCUCGCCCUCGACCCCGACACGCUCCAGAAGGUCCAGGCCCUCAAAAAAAGCAAAUUGUUGUUACCCAUCACCUACCGCUUCAAGCGGUGAGGGGCUGGGGG